CCGCCGUUUAGAGGGUCUAUGCUGGAGAAAGAAGGAGAUGUACACUGGCGCCAUCUUUGAAGAGCAGCCGUGAUGCUUUUGUUCAUCAUUCAGACUUGUAUAAACUGAUCCAUCGGCAGCAACUCUGCGAUUAAAUUUUGAAUUGUUAGAUCGAGAUUGUUGCGAGAGAGGUAGGCUAGAGACGAAGAAGAGGUUUUACGGAGUUGGGGUUUUUAGUAGUGGUGAUCGAAGGAGAAGGGGUUUUCGAUUGAAUCUAGGGUUUCCCAAUGGGUCGGAGUACGAAGAAGAAGAAGAAACGAGGAGGUCAUAGCGGGAGAAGAGGUCAGCUGAAGGACCAUGGAUCUAACGAUGAUGAAGACAACGAACUUCUCUCCGAGGAGAUCACUGCUCUCUCUGCGAUAUUUCAGGAAGACUGCAAAGUCGUCUCUUCUUCUAGCUCAACGUCGCCUCCUCAAAUAGUUAUUAAACUAAGGCCUUACUCUAAAGAUAUGGGGUAUGAGGACACUGACAUCUCCGCUACGCUUUUAGUUAGAUGCUUACCAGGGUAUCCUUACAAGUGCCCCAAGCUGCAGAUUACUCCGGAACAAGGGUUGACAACAGCUGAUGCGGAGAAGCUUCUAUCUCUUCUUCAGGACCAGGCAAGUUCCAAUGCUCGUGAAGGCCGGGUUAUGAUAUCAACUUGGUGGAAGCUGCUCAAGAGUUUUUUAUCCGAAAUAAUUCCUGACAGUCACGAUGAGGAAUCUGUUCCAUGCUCGACUACACAGCCAGGCGCUCAGUUCAUUGAGGAAGCUGUGCCUAAAGCAAAACCCUCUUCUGCUGGACCUUUUGUAUAUGGUUUUAUAGACUUGUUUAGUGGAUUGGAAGAUUCAAGGAAUUGGAGUCUGAAUCUAGAUGAAAAUAGAGGAGUCGUUUCUACAGUACAACCACACCCACUAGAAGCUUCAAGAAUUUUGCAUGAGAAGCCGGACAAGAGUCUGAAGCGAUCUGAAGAUCACGCUAAAGAAGAAGUUGCAUUGCCUUCUCCUAUUGCGAAACCAAAUACUCUUGAAGGGGAUAAUGUUGAUGAUACAAGCACUUCUUCUUUUGACUCAAGUAGCUCUACUGAAGAUGGAUUUAUCCAAAAUCAGAAGAAGAAAUCGUUUUCAGAUCAAAUAUCCAAGAUGAUACAAGUGAAGAUGACAACAAUCAAUCCGAAAGUGAGUCGGAGUCAUGGUCUUCUGCUUCCUCAACUCAAGAUCAAGUUCCUCAAAUUAGCAAGCAAGAUCUAUUAAUGGUCCAUCUACUCCGAGUUGCUUGCUCUUCCAAAGGGCUUUGGCUGAGGCAUUGCCACAGAUAACCGAUGAACUGCAU